AUGGCCAACUUCCAGCGAGACUUGAAGCGUCUGCAGUGUCUGAGCUCCGUGAUCACCAACACCCGACGAAGACGAGGGCCUUCCAGUAUCGUGAGUGUUGUGAGGCUGCUGCUCAGUUGGUUGCAAGCCGUCGAGAGCUCCAGCGCAGCGGCUGCAGCUUCAUCGAGUGCCGUCGUCGGUGGUGCGUUGCCUCCUCCUUCAGCGGCUGAAGCUGCUCGCGCAGCAGAACUGGCUCAACAGCAGUCGCCGAUCGAUCCCGUGGCCUCGUGGCUUGUAGCGACGUCACUAAGGAUCAUAUUCCGACCUCCUCAUACGACUUUGAACGUUGAGAUCAGCUCUACCGAGCGAGCAGUGAUUGAUGAACUCGUCGCUCAAACAGCGGCUAGAUGUUUCCUGGCGUUCCAGCGCGCAUGGCAAGCGGAUGAAGAGAGUCAACGUCGCGCUCGAGCCGAAAGUUCCGGCACCUUGUUCUCCUACCUAACGAUGCGGAAGGCUAAGCCGAAGUCUCACAGCAGUCCUGGCCCUGCGAACGCGUUGGCCGUAUGCUUGGUUUGUACAACUGAAGCUGGGAUAGCCUGGGGCCAUGUCUUGGGCCUUGCCGUUUGUCUCGCGCCCGACGUCUCUCGGAUGAAGCUGCAGAACGAAAUUCUAGCUCGAGCUGCAGUCUGGAACGCCACCAAACCAUCGACGGGGAGUGGGGACAUUGCCCAGCAUCCGUACCUGAAGCACUUGAGCAACAUUCGACUUGGACUCGCACCCAGCCAAGCUGCUCCUAAUGCAACGCUGAGCUCGCGUAUGUCGGAAGCUGCUCGAUGGCUACGCGUGGUGAUGUCCUUGCUGCUGAAGCCCCACCGAUCUCACGUACGCAGUGCGUGUGCGCACCUCAUCUCUCAAAUGCUCAUACGAGAGCUCUAUCUCCUUGAUCGACUUGAACUCAGCGUGUUGUACACGUCCACGGGCAGUGACUGGAGCCGUUGCAUCAGCGACCUCCACGCCGCAGCUCUACGACUGACGGAUUGUGCCAAGAAGAAGGGAAGAGGACGGGCGCAACAACAUCUCGAGGCAUCGGCGUGGUCUCUUCGAGCUGUGGUGCUGGCGCUCGCUCCGGGUGAGAUAUUCACAAGGUACUGGAACGACGAUACCCUCGCGCUGCUGAGACUGCAGCAGCAACUUAACCAGGACUCCAGCGCUGGAGGUAUCGCAACGUACAAUGUGUUACCGAGUCUGGAGUUGAGCUUCAAGUACAUGAUGCACCGCCACUUCUUGCUGCGCGACUCGGGAGCAGCGAAGACUGGAGCGCCGUCGAGUUCCGACUGCGAGGGGACCAUCAACACGACGCAGGCCUGGGUCUUCUUCUCGCUUCAGCGUUUACGACCACAAGCUCCGAACUGUACAGCCACCAGCAGCUUUACCGCUCUUAAAACGAUAGCGUUGCCCGCUUUGGUGCACGUAUCACGCGCCAUAGCGGCGUACAACAUGCCCUGCACGGUACAGAAUCAUCUCCGUCCGCUACUGUCGGAGCCUGUACGAGUCGGUGACCCGCAGAUGCUGAUCGGACUCGAGGCUCUCGCUGAUCUGCUAUCGCGGAAUGAGUCUGACGAUAAAACCCGGAUGUCGUUCCGAGUGAAUAGGAGCGACCUCCUCGCCAGUAGACAAAUGAUCGGCGAGCUCGUAGGUCGCGUGCUUCUUGCGUGCAGCACGCAGAUCGGACACAAACUAUUGAGUGAGAUCCCAACCACGACGAAGAGCAGGGAUAAACUGCAGCUUGGGGACGAUGGAGACGGGGAUGACGAAGAGCACUGGAAGGACCCGACACAGGCUGUGGCAGUGGCGACUUUCGCGGCGGCGUUGGGUUUGAUGCCACCACUGUACGCGCAUUUGGGUCUGAGCGUUGAGCAGAAGCUGCGGCUUCUUGUGCGUACCAGCAUCAACGCGGAACCAGCAGUACAACGUCGCGCCCACGACGCUCUCCUCGCUCUUAUCGGACCACACAGCUCCCACUCGGGCGAGCCUCCACCACCUGGCGCUGGAAUGGUUGUGCGUGAACUGACCGAUCACAUCAUGCGGAUGAACGCCAACAACCCCGCGGCGGUCAGCGACGCGGCAGGAGCGAUCGUCAUUUUGAGGUUACUGAGCGAAGUGCUGGAUCCAUCCAGAGCCGCCAUGACACGCUGGGAGGGCCCUCAAGACCGAUACGCGGCGUUAAUCCAGGCGGAGGCCGUCGCCGUUUACCUUCUUGCUCGCGGAGACGACAACAUUGAAGCUGAACAAUUGCUACGACUAACGGCAUUGGACACGCUCGAAGCCGCACAUAAGGCGCGCUUGGCGUGUUGCGAGCAGCCUGCGAUACGAAGCUCAGUCCAGCUGCCGCUAGUCGACCGACCAAGCGUGUGGACGCUGUUUGGUGACCUCGACUGCGACUUGACCACGGCGUUCUUCAGCUUUAACCCGGAGACACCGCAGGACCUACAACGAGACCAAUCUGUAGACAAGCACUCAACCCUCCGGCGCUUGAUCCUCGACACCACCGACCGUCACAGCUUCCGAUUGUCGCUCUGCCUCGCACGGGUCUUCAGAAGCCUCGCGAGACGUGCUCCUGACGUGAUCGCAUACAUCUGGACCGAUGUGGUUGAUAAGGUGGCCAAGUUGGAGCCUGUGCUGUCCGUGACGCCGGUGCCAGGCGACUCCGUCCAGCUAAACCAGCGAGAGCUUGCUCGGUGGAGGAACCUGGCGUUGUUGGCCACGGUGUCGGCGUGUCCAAUCCUUCAGUCACCGACUCGCAAGACGGAUUUGUCUUCAUUCUCCUCUGAAAAUGGGUCCGAACCCCCAAGCGUGGCCCCGUCCGCGAUGGUCGCAACCCUCGUACGCCAACUCGCUUGUUAUCUUCGUAGCACCAAUGUCGGACAGCGAAAUGCUGCAGUGUUGGCGUUGGGCCACGCCGGUUCUGUGGCACUUCCGACACUGCUGGAGGUUCUCGCUCGGCUUGAAGGCGAGGUAUUCACGGCACCUUCUAGCAACGGGGAGCCAGACGCGUCGGGCGGGAACGCAGUGACUCCAAAUGCUCUGCAGCGCAUGCGCAGCCCCAGGCAGGCAAAGCUGCCCAAGAAGAAACUGCUCGAGCUGCAGCACGUGCGGACUGCGCAGUUCAGUCUGCAAUGGGCCGUUGGUCGAUGUUACCGGAUUUUGUUGGAGUCUCGAACCCGUGAGCGCGAUGAUGAAGAAGAACUCGAGCCGGGAGGUCCCAUGGCGGAGCGUCUGCGUCGAGCUGUCUCGGCAUUUCUAGCCAAAAUGACGACUACGUUUGAAGACGCCGCAGUUUCUUCCAGUGAUCUCAGCGAGGCGAGUGAUGGAUCGUUGAGUUUCAACUCAUCAACGCUGGUACUCGAGGAGAACCCAGUGCUGUUGAUGGUGCAGCUAGAUUUCAUCGCACUUUUACGAGCACUGCUUCUCCAUUCAAACGCAGCCGCGAAACCAGUAUUACAGCUUCCCCACGACAAGUUAGCAGCCCUUCUGCUGAGUUGGUGCGGAUCCUUUGACAAGGAUCUUGCUGGAGCUGCAGUGUCAGGAUAUCUCCGUUCGGGUUUCGUGGCCCCAGAAGCCGGUUGCGAGCUUUACUCUCACUGGAUGAAACAGUGCGAUGUCCACACCGCUCGAGAUGGGAAGUUAGUCUUCCCAUGGAUCUGGAUCGAUAGCCAACAUAUCUUAGUUGGUACGGGAGGAUCUGCCAGUGAAGCUUACUUAGCGUCUCGAAGUGUGGCCCAGUACUUCAUCUGCCAUCGAGCGUUCUCGACCUUGGCAGAACUCCUUCGCAGUAGCUUAAAGUCUGCAGAUGGAACUGGAACUUGGGACGGCGAUAGCGUAGCGACGUGGCUUGACGCGUGCUUCAGCGUGGACGGCGUCAUGUUCCCCCACUUCAACGACCUACAUCGACUGGCACGACGAGCACUGCACGUUCUACUGGAGUUGCCCCCUGGGAGCGCCCGAUUCAACCACGUGGUCAAGCGCUGCCUCGAGAAAACUACCUAUCCCUUCUCAAGCGCAGACAAGUCCGCAGUUCGGGUAGCUCGACAGUAUCUUGAAGCGCUCGGAGCCUCUAAUGAGGUAAUGAGCUUCUUCCAGUCACUGCUCCUUCGCUUGCAAGAACGACAUGGUGAUACUAAAGACGGUGAGGAGUCCUACCUUGCUGUACGCCUUCUUCACGUGCUGUUGCUCCACGUGGGCGUUCAGCUUGAUGAUAAGCUGGUGCAUCAGCACCGUCAGGUAGCGCUGGAUAUGGUCGCUGCACUCGUUUGUGAGCCUGACGCAAGCUGCGACGAUGACGAGUCUGCAGCAACUCGAUGGGGAUUGCAGGGAUACUACAGCCCAAACCUUGAAGGACUGGUCGCUGGCCGGUUGCAGGUUAGCGUGUCAGCGCUGUUGGCGUCGAGAUUUUCGGUCCUCAGCCUGCGUGUGAGUCUUGCAGUAUUGCGUUCGAUGCCAGCUAACACGCCUCAGGUCGGUGACGACGUAGCACAGCAGCGACAAAUGUUAGCCGCAGUGUUGCCCUGGCUGGCUGAAGUACCGCUGUGGACGCCCAACGAACCGAGCAAUAGAUCUGCCGAACUGCUCGACUUGCUGUUUGGCCUCACGACCGCCUAUGGGGGCAGUUGUGGGGAGCAACUUGACCAUAUCUGGCUUACACUCGCGUUUGCCAGCACCAGAGGCGACGACACGAACCUCGGAGAAAUCGUCAACUUCUUGUUCCGACAGCAGCGUAAGAGUCAGCUACCCUCCGAGACGGCGAAGACGGUCAUGUGGUGGCUGUGUCGAUGGCAGGACGCAGCACUUGAUGUGCUGCGGUUGUUGCUGCUGCAGAUUCCGUUGAUGGCUUCAAAGGAACCAGAUCCUAGCGAAGUUGCGACCGCGUUGGACGAGUUGACGGCGCUUGUGACUUUGGCCAGCGACACGAGUUGCCAUCUACUUCAGUCUGGAGCAAACACUUCCAAUGCCGACGUGCGAGCGUUAGCUGUUCAUCUGGUCCACAUCGCACUCAUGACACUGUUUGCGCUGCUGGAAAGUGACAACAUCGACGAAACCGCGUCAAACAGCAUCACGCAGCACUGCCACGUUCUGCUUCAUUCUGUUCUCCCGCUACUGGAAGCGCCACGUGGUCUACUUGCUGCGGCGUUAGCUCUGAUCAAAUCUUCGACGUCACGAAUCAAUGCCGACAAGAGAAGCAAGCAACCUUCUUCGCGGGUGCAGCUUGAGGAGUUCCUGGAGGCUCUGCGCGCUCUCGCCGUGUGCUUGUCGGCCACCGAAACCCAGAUCUGGAGCGAACUGUGCGUCCAAGAGAUUGCGAUGACCAUUUCCCUCGAGACUUCUCCAACGUCCGAGAGUCUGGGAACUCUUAGACGACCCUCACCGCCUCAUGAAGUCUGCAUCCGCUUCGCCUUGGUGGCUUACACCCAGUUAUCUCCGCGCUUCCAAGGGGAUAUUCUUCUGUCGGUGCUGACCUUACUCCGACAAACGCUCACCGCUGGCGUAGAAGACAAUCGGCUGUCGAGAUCGUUGUCACUUGCUCGAGAAUGCCUAGCUCUGCUUGCGAUGUUGAUUCGGAGCAUGCCAGUGUCCAGACUGGUGCUGUAUCCUCAAGUAUUCUGGGUAGCGCUUGCUCUACUUACGCAUUGUCGGCAGCAGCGUGACAACGCGCCGAGUAGCGGUCACUCGCUGCAUGACGGAGCUCUGGAAGUCUUGGCAACACUCUGGGAUCGCACUCCAUUUUCUACGCAUCCCGUGCUGCAGGACGUCAUUCGGGGCACACGACCGGCUCAGUGGGAAUCCACCACUGCCCGCAACUCCGUCCUCAUGGAAAUUGUACGUUGUGUAUACACUGACGAGGGGGUUGACAGUCGCGAACGUGCGCUGGAAAUGCUGAGUAAGGCGGUCUUGCUGGUACCCCGCGACUUGCUCGGCGUAUCAGUCCGCGAAUACCUCGUGAUCUGCACACUUGCCUUGCUACCUGCACUUGUGAUCCCGUCGACGGAGCCAAGCAACUCGAGAAAGGAGGCGAACCUGGAAUACUACGCUCGGGAUGAUCUGGUAGUGCUGUGGCAAUCCGCUGGAGCUGCUGAAGCGUACGAUCUACUUGUGGGACUGCUCCAAAUGCCAGAGUUCAUCUUGUCUGAACGAAUCAAUUCGAGGAAGCUGGCAGCCACGUUCAUGUCGAUAUUCGUUCCUGCAUUGUACAGCUUGGAGCAGGAAGAGGACGCCACCGAAUUCGACGGCUUGAAGCUGAGCUUGGAAGUCCUCGUGGCGUGCUUGCCCCAACCUGCCGGAUCGCAGUCGAAUGAGGUAGCAAAAUUGGAUUCAACCGGUACGGAUCACAACGACGAGCGAUGCAACUUCGUCUUCGUCCUGCUGGAAGAACUGCUUCGAGACAUUCUCAAGCGGAAACAGUCAACCUGGAGACCCGUUCCGGAGCUGGACGCAGCGCUGGCGAGACUGCUUCGAAGCCCAAAGAAUGAGCGACAAUGGCGCGCGUCCGUGCGAGUGCUCAGCUGGGUGGCGGAGUUGGCCAAGAUGACGGGAGCCACUGGGACUUCUGUGUCUCCGUUGCCUAUCCCAUCAGCAGCAAGAAGAAGUCUACCUGGUGGUAAAUCGUCGGAGAUGAUAACAUCACUCGGACGCAUUGCAGAAUCUGAGGAUGAUCCUGGGAACCACACAGCAGCCGGGGAUGCAAGCACACUGAAGAAGACCCCGUCAACCAGAGCGUUGCAGCGAUUUGCGUCUCCACGAUCUCGAAGCAGUGGCAGCAUCAGCAGGAAUAGUGGCGGCAACAACAACCACGAACUGCCCAGGAUACCGGAACCUUCGUCAACGAAGAAACAUCAACUUUCCGAGCAACCCGGUAGCGAACACGAACUGUCGAGUGACGGCCAGCCCACAGCAGACGCUUGA